CUAAACGAAAAACUCGUCCAUUUCUUUUUUUACUGUAUCACUGGCUAGAACUCUGGUUCAGCGCUGCUCAAAAUAAUUGGAAGAUUUGAAUACCUCGACCAGAUUUCUACAUAAAAUGGCUGCUACUGGCAAAGAUAUUGAGAAACCCCAAGGUGCUGAUUCCUCCUCGGUUCAUCGCAUCCGUAUCACUUUGACCUCCAGGAAUGUUCGCUCCUUGGAAAAUGUGUGCCGUGAUUUGAUCAAUGGCGCCAAGAACCAAAACUUGCGUGUCAAGGGUCCCGUACGCAUGCCAACCAAAACUUUGCGCAUCACCACCCGUAAGACUCCUUGUGGUGAAGGUUCCAAGACUUGGGAUCGUUUCCAGAUGAGAAUCCACAAGCGUAUCAUCGAUUUGCAUUCUCCCUCUGAGAUCGUCAAGAAGAUCACCUCCAUCAACAUUGAACCUGGCGUAGAAGUUGAGGUCACCAUUGCCAACUAAA